AUGGCUUUGAAACAAGAAUCAGAAUUUGAAAGGAAAGACAGAGCUGCCAGAGUCAUUCAGAAGGCCUGGAAAAGUUUCCUUAAUGUCGCUGUAUUCCAACACUUUAAACGUCUGAUUAACAUAAGAAGACAAGGGGAGCCACGUCAGAUAGUGAGAUAUAUUAAUCCUAAAGAGGCAGAACUUCUAGAUGCUGCUGCUGGUAUUAAUGUACGAUUCAGAUUAGGUGGUGUUAAAUUUCCACCUGCAAUAUACUAUAAAAUUUUCACUCACAGACAUAUUGAAGAUCUGUGUGCUAAUAGCCCUAGAGACUACACAAAACUUCCAGCAAAACAUACAUCUCAUAUUAAAAGUGAUGUUCUUCAGGAAGAGGAUUACAGUGGCUGGUAUCGUCGUAUAGAGAACAAUGGCUGGAGGCCUGUUUGUGAGACAUUUUGGAGUCCUGCUGAAAAUGUGAUUGUGGGAGACAAAAAGGAAAGUGAAUUCCAUUUCUCCAAACUGAAGAGAAGGCAAGAUAUGGAAAAGAAAAGAAAAAUUAGAAAAAUAGAAUGGAUGCAGCAAAUGUACUACGCAGGAAACCUGGAGGCUAAGUCAACAAAUUAUGAAACUCUAGGUUUAAUUCAAACAGCAACAAAAGGCCUAUUAAGAACUAUUGAAGAUGGUGGAAUAGAUUCUGUGAUGGAAUGGGAAGUGGAUGAAGUGCUGAACUGGACAAACACACUCAACUUUGAUGAGUACAUUGCCAACUGGAAGGAAAUUGCUACAAGCAACUCUUCAGCUAACUUCAAAAGUUUUAGGUUUGAGCGAGCACAAGAAAAAAUAUAUGACUAUGAAGAUAUAUUGGAAGAGGAAAACAAAACACAAAAAGAUCCUUCAUUUGAAACUAUUUAUGAAAAGCCCCAUUUUACUAGACUAAAGCCUGAUUCCACUUAUAGAAUAUAA